AGAAGCGUGCGUCAAAGAUGUCGCAGAACGAUAAAGCUCAGUUAGAGGAUAGAGAUGUACCACUCUCAACCGAGAGUGGAAAAGAAGUAACAAAGAGAACAGAAAACCCUGGCCAAACCAAGGAGCCAGAACUAGACCCUGAUAAGGUGAAGAGCUCAUCUGAGGAUCGCAAGCUUGAGUAUGACAGGAAACGCAAGGUGGAGCAACUGCGCUUCAUGAGUGAUUUGUAUGAUGCGAUGUCAGGCAGAAGGAAGAAACCAAGAUACAGAAGUCAAGACAUCGCAGACUGGCCAGCAGCCUACGAGCCUCGAGACAAAACAUCGCAAAAUUGAUAACUGAAAGUUAUUAUUGGAAUCAAGAUUACUUAUUAU